AUGGCGGCAAUCAAGUACGCGGCUGUGUUCUUGGUGCUUGCACUCUCAGCCCCGCUGGCCGCCCUCGCCGGCGACCCAGACAUCCUCGGCGACUACAUCCUCCCGGCGAACACGGACCCGGCGACCGUCACCGGCGCGUUCUUCACGCACACGGGCUUCCGCGCGGCCAUGACCAUGAACAUGAGCAUGCCGAUGCCCAGCUUCACGGCGACCAAGGCCUCCAUGGCGGAGUUCCCGGCGCUCGACGGGCAGAGCGUCUCGUACGCGCUGCUCAUGUUCCCGCCGGGCGCCGUGAACCCGACGCACACCCACCCGCGCGCCGCCGAGCUGCUGCUCGUCCUCGACGGCGCGCUCUCCGUCGGCUUCGUCGACACCGCCGGCAGGCUCUUCACCCAGGACCUCGCCGCCGGCGAGAUGUUCGUGUUCCCCAAAGGUAUGGUGCACUGGCAGUUCAACCAGGGGAGCAAGCCUGCCACCGGGCUCUCGGCGUUCGGGAGCGCCGCAGCGGGGCUCGUGUCCGUGCCCGUCACCGUGUUCGGCACCGGCAUCGCCGACGACGUGCUGGCCAAGUCCUUCAAGACCGAUGUGGCCACCAUCCAGAAGCUCAAGGCAGGACUAACUCCCCCCAAGGAAUAA